AUGAUCCUCCUUACUGCCAGCCUCGCUCUCCUUGGAAGUUGCCAUAUAGCCUUUGGGGCUGCUGUGAGCGAACCCCUCAAUCGACGAGGUUGGGAUCCUGCCAACCCUCAUGACGACAAAACUUCAAAGUCAUGUAGUUGGUGGCUUGACUAUGACGAUGAAGUCUCUUGUGAUUCCAUCCUGGAAGAUUAUCACAUCACUUCUGACGACCUUCAACGGUGGAAUCCUUCGAUCAAAGAUGACUGUAAAGGCAUGACUGUCGGGAGGUCGUACUGCGUCGAGGCCACAAGUGCCGUUGAGCCCGAGCCAAAGCCUGAAUCAAAGCCAUCAACAGCGAAGCCCAGCUCGAAGCCUUCACCCACUCAACCUUCCAAUGGUGAGCCUCUUGAGAAACCCUUUUUGGCUACUAUCUGGCUAAUGAGAAUGCAUACAGGUAUCAAAACUCCCGAUGCCCUCCAACUCGGUAUUGUCAGCAACUGCGAAAAGUUCUACAUGGUCAAAUCAGGUGAAGGGUGUGCUACCGUUGCUUCCAAGAACGGCAUCAUUCUGGCCGAGUUCUACAAGUGGAAUACAAAGGUUGGCUCUGCAUGUACUGCCUUAUAUGCAGAUGCCUAUGCCUGUGUAUCUGUCAUUGGACAUAAUGCCGCUACACCCGUGCAAACCAGCAAGCCGUCUAACGUCAUCAAGACUCCAUCGCCCAUCCAGGACGGUACCACGAAGGAUUGCGAAAAGUUCCACUUUGUGAAGUCAACAACGACAUGUGCGUCCAUUGAGGAGUACUACAAUUUGCCCUUUACAACGUUCAAGUCGUGGAACCCGGCUGUCGGGAACAAAUGUCAAUCCUUACUAGCCAACUACUGGGUCUGCGUCAAGGCCAAAGGCUGGAAGCCAAGUACCCCCACGAAGCCAAGCAAGCCGGCCAACGGCAUCGAGACACCUGCAAUGAUUCAACCCGGCAUGACAACCUCUUGCAACAAGUUCCACGAGGUAAAGAAGACUACAACUUGUGCAUCAAUCCAGGAAUACUAUAAAAUUACAAUGGAACAGAUUUCCAAGUGGAACCCCGCUGUUGGAUCCAAGUGUACAGCGCUCUGGGCUGGUUAUAGCGUCUGCGUUGAAGUUAUAGGUCAGAAGCCAUCUCCGACCAAGCCUAGCAACGGGAUCAAAACGCCAUCUCCAGUUCAGGACGGAGUCACCAAGUCUUGUAAGAAGUUUCACAUGGUGCAGAAGACUACGACCUGUGCUUCGAUACAGAACUAUUACAAGAUUACAAUGGCACAGCUUUAUAAGUGGAAUCCUGCUAUCGGUGCCAAGUGCACCAAUUUGUGGGCUAACUACAACGUUUGCGUCGCCGCAUAG